CACAAAAUUGAAUGCAUCAAUCAAAUCGAGGGAGAGGGAAAGAUAGACCGCUACAGGGAGCUUGGAAAACUUUGCUUGGAUUCCUUGUGUUUCGCCUCCUCCUCCUCCUCUUCCUGAUACACAGAUGAGAGAUGGAUAGAUUGAGAGUGGCUUCCUGAAAAUGGGAGACUGAGAGGUGGAGAGGAAAAGAGAUGACAGAGGGGAAGGUGAUCGAGUCCGUCCAACACUGAGCAUUGAAGGCACUGUCUGAACAGCCGCUCUUGGGGGAUGGGGGUGGGGCAGUGGGAGAGCAACGUAUCCAUCAGGGAAGGUUCUUACUCUCCGCCCAGGAACCCCAGGAAAAUCAGGGCCCGGGCGGCCGGGGCAGUCCCGCAGCCAGAGAGCCGGGCGCGCAGCCGCCCACUUGCGCUGUGCCCGCCGCAGCCGCCCCCGGCCCGGGCGGGAGCCCAGCGGAGAGCGGGGACCGCGAGCCCCGGCCCGAGCGAGCGAGCGCGCGCGGCCGCCGCCGAGUCGGCACCUGGAGACAUGGAGGAAAGGCCGGCGGAGACCAACGCCAGUGUGGACGACUCGGCGCCCCCCUCAGUGGCCCAGCUGGCCGGGCGGUUCAGGGAGCAGGCAGCCGCGGCAAAGGAGACACCAGCCAGUAAACCAACAAGAAGAAAACCGCCCUGCUCCCUCUCUCUGUUCCCCCACAAGGUAGAGCUGGGCCAGAAUGGUGAGGAGAAGUCACCGCCCAAUGCAAACCACCCUCCUAAAGUCAAGGUGAAGAGCUCGCCUCUGAUUGAGAAGCUCCAGGCCAAUUUAGCCUUUGAUCCAGCGGCCCUGCUGCCUGGGGCCUUGCCCAAGAGUCCGGGACUCAAGGCCGUGGUGUCACCAUUUCACAGCCCUCCUUCCACUCCCAGCAGCCCUGGUGUGCGGUCUCGGGCCAGUGAGUCAGAGGAGGUGCCCGUCAGCUUCGACCAGCCUCCUGAAGGCAGCCAUCUGCCUUCUUACAAUAAGGUGCGGACGAGGGGCUCCAUAAAAAGGCGCCCUCCCUCCAGGCGAUUCCGAAGGUCCCAGUCGGACUGUGGGGACCUGGGGAGACCCAGGGCCGUGGAGUCCUCCCAGGAAAACGGUGCCAAGGAAGAGGAUGGGGACGAGGUGUUCCCAGCCAAGAGCAAGGCCCCAGGAUCCCCUCCUCUGAGGAGGACGCCCAGCAGGACAGAGAAGCAGGAGGAGGAUGAGGGCAGGGCCGCGGGGGAGGCCCAGCAGCAUGAGAAGGCCGCGGGGGAAGCCCAGCAGCCAGAGCAGGCCGCGGGGAGCUCCGAGGAGGGGGCCGGCCAGCAUCCAGCCAGAGCCUCCAGCCCACAGGCAGAGGGUGGGUGUGGGAGCCCUACGGAGGAGAAACCGGCUGGAGAGCAGAGGGAAGAGCCUACAGAGGAGAAGGAGAGGGCGGCCAGUGAAGAGGAGGAGCCCAGACAACAGGGCCAAGACACGAAGGGGCCGGAGGAGGGAGCUGUGGGGGAGGAGACACCCCAAAACCCCCCUGGAGGAGGAGAGGGUGACCACAGUCCUGAGCAGGGGACCGGCAAGGAAAAGCAAGAUAAGGAGGCCGUCCUCGAGCCAGGCUGUGACCCCGGCACCGGCCAUGCCCAGCCGGACACCAGCAGUGAGGUCCCCAAGACAGAGGAUAGCACCCCUGUCGAGGACACUAUACUGUGAAGGCGAUCUCAUUGUACCUGGUGCUGAAGCUGCUGGAGCCGUGUCCUUGAAGUAGCAGCGGUGAUCACAGCGGCAGCAGAGGAAGCCAUCGCAGGAGCAGAAUGGGCUGAGGGUCUGGAGGCAGGCUGAGGGUCUGGAGGCAGCCUGAGGACACCAGGUGCUGUUUCCCAGCCUCCACACUGUCUCAGAUAGAGAUUGGAUCUGAGGACGGCAGACUUUUAUCAGCUUGAGUGUGUGUCACUUGAUGGACUUGGUUUAAAAAAAAAAAAAUUAAAACAAUGUACUGUGGUGACAACUCCCCAGGGAUACCGGUCAACCUGUGGGGCCCUGAUACUAUCUACACCCACCUAACCCUAUAGCUGGCCUCAGCUCUGGACUGGGAUUUAGCUGAUCAGAUUGUGUUUGUGUAAAAUGAUAGCCUUUUUAUUGUUCUUAAGUUUUCACAUUCUCAAAUGUAAGUAAAAGCUUAUUUCGGGUAGCUAGAAACAAAGUAGUAUCACUGGAAAUGUGAAUCCUGUAAGUUACAGAAGACCUUAAAUUGUAUGGAGACCCUGAGACAACCUUUCAGCUUGGUCCAAAUUUGACUGGCCAACCAAUUUUGAAAACACUGGACUGGAAGAGAUCAUUUUUGAAACAUUAAAAAAUACGUGUCUGCUCCAGCAACAGGAGCUUUCCCAUCUGGUAAUUCUCUAGCUGAUGAUACACUGGGAGGAGACCAGCUCAGGUCACCCGCUUCUGCCAGGGGAAGAGGAGGUGGAGGCUGGGAGCAACUCCUUUGGAGAGGCAGAAUGUCAAGAGGUUCUGCGCUGCAUUUCCUCGUCCUGAAAGCAGAGCAGCGAUCCAUGAACCAUUCCUGCCCUCCAUGCCUGCCCCCCAGUUUAUCCUGGGAGGAUGAAGUUUGUGCUUCCAGAAGGGGAUGCCCCAGCACAGGUUAGAUAGCUCCUGGGAAGUGCUUUGAGCACCGUAAUGUGAGAGCUACAUGAUAAGAACAUCCUUCCUGGACUAACUGACUUGAAUGGAAACCCAGGCUCUCCUCCCCAGCUCAGUAGGGGUGGGGUGGAUCUUGCUUUAAUGUGCUGUUUGGAGAGUGCAGGAGGCUUCGCCGGGGACAGGGGCCUUGACUACCCCUCCCUUGACGUAUCCUCUCCCCUCUUUGCAAACUCCUGCUGAAAGAUGGUCAUCCAAAUAAAUGUUUAAUCUUUAGGGUUGGUCCUUAUUCAGAUUUGAGUAUUUCAGUAUCUCAACAUGCUGGUUUGGUAGUUGGAGCAGUCAUUUUUCUGGAGGUCUCUUAGACCACACUCUACUCUGACUUCAGAAAGUAGUUUCCCAGACUAAAAGGCCUUAUCUCACCGCUGGUACCUCAGUUUAUCAUCCCAUUUACAGUUUUUCUAACUCCAGGAUAGUGUUAAUAUUUGGGAUAUAUAUUUUUUCAAAAACUAUUUUUAAAUUCAAUGUAGCUUCUAAACUUUGUAAUCUAGUGAAGACUGAUACUAUAAUAAGCUUUGUAUUUUAGCAGAGUUUGGGAGAUGUGUGUGUCAGUUAUUUUGAUGUCUGUACAAUAUCGAUCAUCUAUCUACCUGUCUGUCUAUCUAAUCUAUCAUCUAUCUAUUGGCAGAGAUGUAUACCCCCUAAACAAUACAUGGAUGUAUUUAUAUGUCUGGUUUGUUUAUAUACUCAUGCACAUAUUGGGCAGGAGUUUUGAGAAUGUGAGCAUGGCUGUGGACGUGCAUGAUGAAAGGGGGAAAUCUGCCACUUUCCCUUUCUAGAAAAAGGAAUGGAGCAGAUGGGAUGUAGAUGUAAAAAUAAAACUUUUUCUUCUGGAGGGUCCAUACCUUACAGUAGCAGAUGAAGAAGGAGCGAUGAAAAAUAAGAAUGUGACAUUAAGGAGCAUGCGUGGUGGUGUCUAAAAAUCUCCCCAGGUCCCUGUUAGUCACAUUAUUUGAUCUAUUUUGUGAGAACACAGGGGCCCCACCCCAGGCAUUGUCAUUAGUGAUGGCGCUCCUGGGGAAUUUAUGAAGCAAAGGCAGGACCCGGUCCCUGUUGGUGCUGCUGCCUGGCUGUUUAAUGCUGAUUGAGUAUUGCAUCGCCGUGGUUGAGACCGGGAUUUCACAUUGGGGAUUAAAGAAACCCACCUGGGUCUUAGGUGGCACAGAGUCAUCACCAGGCCAGGAAGACUUUCAUCAGGAUUCCUGAAUAGGCUUGAAGGAAAACACUGAUUCUUCACAAGGCUGAAGAGAAGAGUCAGAAUUAUUCUUCCACUACCUUUGCAGUCUAGCUUGAAUUUUAAACUGUGUCCUUCUUUUCUCCAGAGAGGGAGCAAGAAAAAAACUUGAAUGCUUUGAAGGAAUAUGCCAGUAUUGAAGAGGGGGCUGGGAUGCUGUUUCAGGUGCACGUGGAACUGGGUGACCACAUAUGGCCACGAGGAGCCCAGGCCUCAGAACUCCACUCUCCUCACUGAGGUCACCCUGAACAGGACCCAGUUUGCCAGACCAGUUCUGGCCUGUGACCAGUUGACUAGUCACUCCAUAAAUAUACGUCAGAUAAGGGAAUAAAGGAGUGGACAGACAACCAGUUCAUCAUCUUUUGAUUAGGUACUCUUGGGAGUGUAAAACUUUAACACAGUUGAAUGAAUGAGGACCUUCAGCUGCUAAUGAAAGGAACACAACUCAAACUGCCUGAUGCAAAAUAGCUAUAUCUAUGAACCCCUCCCUCUCUCCCCCCGCUACUAUACACUGAAUAAUAUGUAUUGACAAUCUAUGGACGGACCUGAAUACAAUCACUUAAGCAGUGUCAGAAAAUCUCUCUCUGUUAUUGGUCUCCGCUUUCCUCUGUGUUGGCCAUAUUCUCAGGCAGACUCUUUCCAGCCUGCAAACCCAAUGGAAAGAGCUUAUUUUUCCCCAGAACUGUCGGAAAAAAUCCUACAAUGGUGUUCUAUAGGCUUGGUGGGGAUCAUAUAUCCUACCUGAACCAAGCAUUAUUGACCAAGGAGAUGCAGAGAUCAGAUUGGCCGAGACUCGGUCGCGUGCCCUCUCCUGCAGUUAGGGACUAGGCGAGUGAAUUCUGUUUCAUCUGCAAGGACUGUGAAUGGAGCAGUGGGGUGCCUCAAGGUAAAAUCAGGGUGCUGUUGCUGAAAUGAUGCUGGAUAGGGAAAACAACAACAAUAGACUUGUGAGCAAAAUACAAGCAUUACUCAAAUAAAACAGAAUUUAUUUUUAUAAGCCACCAAAGAAAAUCGGUCUCAUUUUUUUUAUGUAAUGAUGUAUUGCUGUGUCCAGAGCCAGCCUGGAGCUCCAUGAGGGGUCAAGUUAGUGUCUGUUGUUCAUUGUGCCAGUGCCUCAUGUAUUAUAAGUGCUCAAUAAACAUCUGUUAAAUAA